AUGUCUACUCCGCGACUUGUCCAUUCCCAACUCUCCUCGUCCCAGACUCCGGACCAGGACCACACCCCCCCAGGCCCUCCUCCGACAGGCCACAUUCAAGGUCACGGUCACGACCACGACCACGACCUCUCCCCUUCUUCUUCUCAGACCCGGACCCAGACCCAGGCCGUCCAGACUACAUACAAAAUGGACAGCCCGGAGCCGCACCGACCUGAUACCCCAGAAAAGAACGGCAGGUCCUCUUUCUCAUCCAUCCGCGAGAACGACUCCGACUUGGCGCAGACUUUCACCUCCUCAAAGGUCUCUUCCUAUCUGCAGAAAUCAAACGAAGCUGCCGUCUACGACUCUUCCUCCAACUCCCCUUCCCCCUUGGCCUCCCCUUCCCUAGACAUGGGUGAAGUCCAGUUCCUUCCUCCCGUCACCCUCCCCAACAGCAGACUUCAUGGCGGUUGGCAUCCUGCCACCAGCUUCAAGGGCUGGAAGCAGAUCAAUGUCAAGGGCAAGACCGCCAGCCGGAGCUACAGCGACCUCCAGAGUCUGCACAUGGCAUGGAGCACUCCUCCCGCCGCCCCAAAGAGCAAGGACAAGUAUGCUGGCGGUCGCGCGCCCAUGGAAAGGCUUCCUCUCGAGCUGCUAGGAUCCAUCAUUGAGCUUCUCGUCCUCGAUAUCCCUCCGCCGUACGGCACCGCGCGCCGCAACGUCGACCUGAUGGCUCUGCUCCUUACCUCCAGAACACUCCACGCUGCCACGCUCAACACCCUCUACAAGCACAUUACCAUCCCGCAUUCGAGAAUCUUCCGCAAGUUCCUCUCCAACAUCACAACACACACUGCGCUGGGCACCAUCGUGCGGCGCAUGGACUUUAGCCACUUCAACAACGCGACCUUGUUCGAGUCCGCCAGCGAGCGCAAGGGAACUAGAAACCUCACGGCGGAGACAUUGAUUCAAUGCCUCAAACUGACGCCACACCUCCAGGAGUUCCUGGCCAUGGAGCACAUCGACGACGAUCUCGGCCCCGACGUCUUGCAAAAGCUCUUCUUUGACAUGCCGCGGCUUCGGGCUCUCGACUUCGCAGGAUGCACUUCGCCGGCAUUCAAGAACUCCUUCGCCUCACUGGUCUCGAUGGAAUGGCCUGACGCAUUGUCCGUCACCCGAUUGUCAUUCCACAAGUGCCUGACGCUUCCCUCUACCCUCUUCGAGAAGAUCCUCCCGCGCCUGACCAACGUCACGCACUUGGACCUCGCCCAGACUAAGAUCACGGACCGAGCUCUCCAGUCUAUCCCGGUUACGGCCAAGAUCACCCACUUGAACAUUGCCAAGUGCACUCUCCUCACGGCGCCAAACGUUAUCAACUUCCUUGCUAACCACCCGGCGGUCAAGAACCUGGUGUACCUGAGUGUGGCCACCGAUGCUCGGAGCCACCAGCUUCUGGAUGUGGAGGAUGUAACCCAACUCAUUCCCGUGCUGCCCAAGACCCUCAAGUCAUUGAGUCUGAAGGGUAGCCGCAUGGAUGAUAUCCACAUCGAUCUGCUGCGGCCACUGACCAAGUCUCUCGAGGAGCUGGCAGUCGGACGCAACAUGGACGUCAACGCCGCCGCUAAGCUUCUUGAGCCGGCGGAUCCCGAGAAGGAGGAAGAGCCCCACACGCUGCGCUACCUCGAUCUUUCCGACCUUUGGGGCAGUGAGCUAGACAUCGUUGACCUUUUCUCGUCUCGGAACUCCUUGCUUCGACCGAGCUCGGCGCCGCUCGAGGUCGUGGAGGUCUCGGAGCAAUCGUUUAAGAGCCUCUCUCGCAACAAGACCCUCGAGCGGAUUGGUUGGUCCCUGCAGGAGAUCGGAAGCCGAUGCUGGAUGGUCCGACUCCAGGACCACCGUAUUGACAGCGAUCGCGGCUACCGAUGGUGGAAGAUGGGCGCCGACAACUGGGGCAUGCGCAAGAUCCCGGUCGCACGCGCCGAAGUCGGGGGCAUGUUCCGCUCCCUCCUCCUCGUCUUCGGCCCAAUCCUCCUUCCGAAAGCAAUCUCUGCCUACCGCUCAAUCCGAGCCGCCUCCCAGUACCGCGCCGAACCCAUCCCGCCUCCGCCCAACGUAACCCGCGCCCUCGCCUUCCUGACCAUCCUGGUCCUUUUCUACCUCGCAAAGACGCUUCCCCUCUUCGCCCCCGAGAACGUCUUCUCCCUCACCCAGUCCCGCCUCCAGAUCCCCGUCGACGUCCUCUUCACCCGCCUCGCGUCCCUCCGGCCCGACAACGUCCUCACGGAAGCCGACGAGCGCCUGCGCGCCCGCUUCGUCAACCUCGAAUCCCGCCUGCUCUACCUCCAGCUCGGCCCCGCCACGCUGGCAGACUGUCCGUUUUGCAAGUCCGACGAGCCCAAGAGCUACUUCUACUACGCCUUGCCCGCGAUCGUGCUCCCUCACCUGCUGAACCUCGCCGCGGUAGCAUUCGUCACGUCGGCGUCCGUCACGGGCCGCGACGGCGCGAGAUGGAGGAGUUACGCGACCAUGGCCGCCGCGGCGCUCUGCAUCGCUGACCUGAGCCUGGUGAACCAGUACGACUACUCGGCCAACGCGUCCGCGCUGCGGCUCCCCGAGAUCGACUUCUUUUACUGGAAGGCCCGCGCGCUGCGUUUCAUCGCCCUCGCCCUCCUCGACGUCGGCCUGGGAGGCUUGGUGUACCUGUCUAGCACCCGUCGGGCGUUUGUGCAACCCCCCUCCGAGGCGGAGAGGAUCGAGGCGGGCAACCGCGUUCUGAGCACCAUCAGGAGUAAGCUCAACGCGCUGGGGAUCGUCAAGAACACCACGCUGCGGGACGAGGAGCUGCGUGCGAGGAGCCAGGCGUAUUGGUUGCAUGAGGUGCGGCUUGUCAGGGAGGUCAUGGAGGAGAGAGAGGUCAUUGAGGGGGUAAACGAUGCGUUGGGGAACCGCAUCAAUAUCCAGAGCAUUACGGCCGAUGCGGAGGCGUACGCGCAGAGUGUCUUUUCACCGCUAGAACAAAGCAUCGAGAAGCCGGAGUAG